AUGCUUAUCAUGGAUUCAAAUUUCUCUUCACCACCGUCACAGUCCUUCUUUCCCCCUCCAUCUUCUUCACCUUCACCUCCUCUCUCAGUGUCGUCUACGUUACCCUCUGCCACACGACGGCAAUACACUGCACUCAUCAUGCUAGGUCCAUGUACCUAUGAGCGUGGCAAUUACAGGUGUCAAUGCACCCAAGGAAUAGUCCCUGGGGUCAACACCUCAAAUCUCAAUGAUGCUCAGACCUGUGAUACAUGCUUGCAUCCAAUAGCCAUGCACCUUGACUAUGCUCCUCCAGGCCCUUCUGCUCCCAGCACUGCUACUGCUCUUGCUCCCUCCAGCAGCGCCUCUUCUAGCAACAUUCCAUCGAAGAUAACUGAACCUUACAAUCUUUCAAGUUGGAUUUAUCCGCGGACGAAAUUGGUCAAUGAGUUGAUACAUCGACUUCAUUACUAUCAUAUCAUUCGAGUGCGCGGCACGCCAGCUUCCGGGAAAACAACUGUGAUGAACCUUGUGGUCAAUCAGCUGCUUGAGAACUAUGGCAAGGAAAAGCCUAUUCAUGUUCUUACAGAUUGGAAUGAGAGCAAAGUUGAUGGAAAAGGCGGCUGGGGUGCAUAUUUAAAGCACAAGACAGGCGUUCAUGGUAAUCAGUGGCUCACCUACCCCGCCUAUCUGGUUAUAGAUGAGGCACAAGUGUCGUAUUGGGAUGCCGAACUUUGGACAGAUUUCUUCAAACGUAUUGUGCCCCUUGUCAGCCCAUACAUCCUACUUUUCACAUCAUACGGCUCGCCAGGUCGGGGCUUUGUGGGCUUCAGCGAGAAAAGGCAUACUCAAACACCCUUGAUAUUUGCCCCUGAACAGCAGAUAUCACUACGAGCUGAUGAGAAUAUCAGAUAUUACGACCCGUGGCGAGCAGAUUUAUCAUUGACGCCAGUUGGCCUGCUACUUGACCAAGAUGAAGCAUUGGAAGUGGUGACAUUAAUCACAAAACAUAUGCAGCCACGUCCAUCUUUGACAGAAGACCUGAAGAAGGGACUGGCUUUGUUCAGUGGUGGGCAUAUAGGAUUACUCGAAAGUCUGCUACGUGCCCUACAUGGUGUAUCAGAUAUUUAUGACCAUGUGCGGAAAGGCAGGAUGCUUUAUUGGAAGACCGUGGCUAGAGCUCUCUUUGGUCGACCUCGAGCGCUCUUUGGACGCCUUUCCGGCCAGCCAUUUGCUAGGGGCUUGCCUAGACCCGAUCAAGUACAGUCAAGUGAUGCAAUCAGAGUUUUUAGAAGGGCUAUUCUUCGCGAUGGUGUCUUUAGGUCUGAAGCCGAAAAGAAAGAUCGGGGAUUUCAACAAGCUCUUGAAAAUAUUUGUCGCAAUGGAUGGCUGCAUGAAGAAAAAUUAGGUCGGGAUUCUCACUAUGUAUUUGCCAGUCGAGUACACUGGUGGUAUUGUAACAUGCUCUACAUGGCUACAGAGUGUGACAAUGAGAUCAAACACAGUACACCACUUGAUCUCGCAAUUGAUGCUAUCAGGCAUUUCAGACCCUCUCAGCUGGCAGAUGCUCCCCGCUCAAGUACAACUCCUGCUGAAGAUCAAUAUCAAAAAGAAUUUUAUCGCUGCCUAAUACCAAUACUCAGCGGCCAUCUUAUACUGUCCCCAGAGUUUGGGAUUGGGGAAGCCACCAAAGGUGGUGGGAUGAUUGAUUUCUUCAUUGAACAGAAGAAUUGGGGCUUCGAGCUUUUAAGGGACCGUGAUCGCCUGGUAGAACAUAUGAAACGGUUUGAACCUGACGGGCAGUACUACAGCAUGAUAAAAUCUGGGGAAAUGAAAGAGUACAUUGUCUUGGACUUCAGAAUUUCACAGCCGACAAAAGCCCGUCCAGAAUAUGCGCACCGUCUUUACCACGUUGUUUUCUCUGAACGGUACCGACAAGUCGAUAUUCUUGAAGGGGGUACCCUCAGCAGUGUAAGCUCCUUUACUUUGCUAGAGAACCCUGACCCUCUAGAUUGA